AUUUCGGAAAUUAAAAAUGUGAGAUCAAGUGGAAUAAAAAGUAACAAGGCAAAUCGAAUUUUGAAAAGGUACGACCUUAUUGCUAUUGGAGAAGAAAAUAAAUUAAUACUGCCGUUGUUGGAAGUGUUCGCCAAACUCGUUUUUUCAGACCAGGUGUCCAGGAACAACAUUAAUCCGAAUACUGCGUGAUUGUUCUCACAUCAACGCAUCACGGAUUCAACGCAAACGAUGGAAGUAUUAAAAACGCAUAGAAUCCUAUUUCCUUCUGGAUUGGAUCGCAAAGAUGUGAAGGGAGGAUGGAUUGACGGCACUCGGUACGUAUGGUUCACGUACGGAGCCAACAUCGAUCUCUAUUCAACGGAAACUAGGUCUGUUGAGUCUUCCAGAUCGUUCAAUGAUGUUCAAACUGAUAAAUCGUUAAAGAUAACCUUUGUGAAAGAAGUACAAAGUGAGAAAAUUAUUGAUUUAUUAUUGGUUGGAUGUUCGUUUAAAUCUUCUGGCAUAUUGUUUGUAUGUCAAUUACCAAAAUUAACCACAAUUUGUUGUAUUGCUUUACCAAAUCCAGUAUCAUAUAUUUCAACAAUACUAAAUAAAUCACUUCCUAACGAUCAACUCUGUAAUGAAUUAAAAAUAAUGUCUACUAUAUUGUUAGUUGGUAUGGCAACAGGAGAAGUUUAUGCAAUUGAUUUAAAAGAACAUUACAUUAAAAACCAAUUGAAAACAAAUAAAAUUGUUAUAAAUGAAUUAAAGCCUGGUCAAUUAUUCAUUAUAAAGAAUAAUGAUGACUUCCAAAAAGCUUAUCAAAUUACUAAUGGCGCUGAUUGUCAUUUAGCAAUGUUUUUAAAUGAAACUUUCUAUAUGGAUUAUAAAAAACACUACUGUGACAAAUUAGACUUCACCGUAUCUAGUUUGUUGUAUAAUGAAAAAAUCAAUGCUGUUGUCAUUGGAUAUUCUACGGGUUAUUUACAAGUAUGGGAUUGUAAAGUUACGCAGUCAUAUAUAUUAAAACAUCUUAAAUAUGAUAUACCAAUAACCCACAUUACUUUUCUCGAACCAUCUUAUGACCCAAACAAUCUAUGUUAUCUUUGGGUGAUUCAAUCAGAUAAUUCUAGACUUCCAAAUGCAACAAUGAUAGCUCUAACAUAUGAACAGAGAAUUAUGAUGUCAAAUGGAUGCUUGUCAUAUAAAGUAUAUAAAGAAAAUUGUAUAAAAUUAGAAAUGUCUCUAUGGAAAGAAGCUGGAAUUGGUCGAUGUAUAUCUGCAUUAACUUUAUGUAAUGACACCUUGGUCAGAAAUGUUACUGGUAAUUCAAUUUCAUGUAAAAUUAAAUUAUUUGCUAUGUUAAUGGAAAUUCGUAAAAAUGUAAAUGCCAGCUCAGAAUCUUACAUUUUUUUGUUUGAUAUUAACCAGUGGUAUAAAGCCCAGAUGCCAUCAAAUAUAGAUCAUCUUAAAGUAUUAAAUUCUUUUGCUAGUUUUGUGAAAUUGCCUCAUAAUACUAGUUAUUUAGAUUUAAAUAUUUCUGACAAAACAUUACGCCCAUUCAGUUACAAUUUUAUUAAUAAUGUUGAAGAACUCUAUAAUCCAUCUUCAAUAUAUUUUGAAUGCGAUUGUUUAUUAGACAAUGAAAUAGUUAAAAUUAAACAUGCUGGUGUUCAACAAGAAAUUUUGGAUGAAUUACACUUAAACAAAUGGAAGUUGUUAGAAAAUCCAAGUUUAAUAUUUAGCCAGUGUUUACAAACAAAUUUAAAACCAUUCUUUUGGGAUAAGACUGAUGAUUAUGUGAAUUACAGCUUGCUUGAUAAAGUACAUUUUUUAAUAGCUGUUAUAGUAGAAAAUGAGAUUAUGUCAGUUCUUAAUGCAUAUGCUGAAGAAUGUAAAAAUGGAACCAAUGUUUCUUAUGAAUCAAUAUCUUUAUUAAUGCAAUGUCUUUGGAAUCACUUUACGCUUGUCAACAAAUAUACUGAUCAAUUAUGUGUUUCUUUAUUUGACUACUCCGGUGAGCUGUUUUGCAAUAACAAUGAAAAUAUGUUACACAAAUGUUUGUCUCAAAUGUUGCAUGUAGUACAUUUUUACGAAAGUAUGCAUUCUGCAGACAGUAUUCAAAUAUUAAAUGUUGACUUGAUGAAUCGAGAGAAAAAAAUGAAGUGUGUCAUUCAAUAUUUUCAGUCUCUUAUUUAUUUUAUUAACUAUAAACUCUUACCAAAACAAAUGGAAGGAGAUUCUAUGUGUCAAAUUCUUCAAUUUAAUUUCUCAUUUCUUAUACAAUAUUCCAAUAAUCGUCGAAUGGAAUUUGGAGAUUUACCUCUUUACCUUAUUGACGCUGUUGUCACCAAUGAUCUUAAAAGAUAUAAAUUUAUCGAACAAUGGCAACAGGAAUUUAAUAAUGAGUGUAAAGGCUUAUAUCCGCCUUCCAAUAUCCAAGAUCUAUUAAUGAUUAAUUUGAACACUGAACUUUCGCAAGUUGUCAAAAACUUCAUUAUAACUUACUUUUUGAUUGAUGCCUAUUAUUUGCAAAAAAUGAAUGAAAUAAUGACAAAUGUUUUGAAUGACAUAUCUAAGAAAAAUGAUAGAUUAUACAAACUUUGUGGUGCCACCUGGUUUUUAGAUCAUGACAUGUUUGAAAAUGCUAUGCUUAUCUUUAUCAAUUAUAAUAAAUGGUUGAUUGAUGAUGAUUCUUGGAAUUGGUACCAUUGGAAUGUUCUGAAACUACUAGUAUUUAAAGAACAGUAUUAUUGGGCAAAAAAUUACAUAGAUCUCUUUGAAAUCAAAUUAGUCAAUCUUGAUGAUCAUAAAUUUUAUGUUAACUUGCACAUAAUGAGUAAAAAUUGUUUUGAAGCUCUGGAUUAUAUGCAUUCAAGAGGAGAUAUGAAUGAAAAAAAUAUUUUAUUUGAAUAUAUUUUUGAUCAAUGCAGAAAUACUAACCAAUUGCAAAAAAUAUUUAAUUAUCCUUUUGACGAAGACGAAAAGAUCUUAUUUUUUUCUUGUUUACAAAAAUUUGAUGACACUACAUCAAUUCAAUUUAAAUUUUUAAUUGAAGAGAAGAGAUAUUCAGAAGCUCUUGAAGUAUCCAAGUUAAUUGGCGAAACAAAAAAUUUUAAUAUUACAUCUGUUUUGGUAGACGGAUUUACAGAUAUUAUACCUUCAACUAACAGAACAGAAUUCAACAAAAAAAUAUAUUUGGAUGAAGAAAUCAAUAACUUGUUUAUGAAAGAUGAUCUUUUUAAUAUCAAAAACACAAAUGAUAUUGGACAUAAUAAAUCCUUUCAAAUUAAUCUUAAUAAUCCAGAUGUCAAGUAUAAUGAUGAAGCUAUAGAUAAAUUAAGAAGACCAAAAAUCAUACUCGAUGAAAAUAUUGAUAAAAGUAAUUUAGUAGAACUAGAUAUUGCACUCAAAAGUGAAGGCAAUUUAGAAAAACCAGAUGAUGACAUAUUUGAUAAAGAAAGUGUUGAUAAUAAAUCUGAAAAGCCGAGUGAAGACUAUUUAGAAAAUGAAGAUAUUAAUAUUAUUACAGAAAUAUUAGUGGAAUCAAUUAAAAAAGACAAAAAUAGAAACAAUGAAUGUGAUUUAAAAGAAGUCGACAUACUUUGUGAGGAAAUUGUGGACAAUACUUUUGAUAGCUUCGCUGUAGAGAAUCGUUCAAAUAAUAAUAAUCAGGUAUACGAAGAAGAAAAUGAAAAUACUUUUGGUAAUAUAAUCAAUGGCAACAAAACUUCUUUUAUGGUUAAAGAAUAUCAUGUUACUAAAUUAUUAAAAAAUAAAGAUAAAAAUUCAAGUGCGUCUAAUUAUUUACUAGGCAUUGAAAAUCAUAAAGAUGAUUUAUGUAAUGGCCCAAAUGAAUUUAAUCCUAUACCUGAAUAUAAUUUAAAUUAUCAUAAUAUGAUUGGAGAUAAUGAAAUUCACCCAAUAUCAAUUUCUAUUAGUGAAUCGCUUUGGGAAAAUUUUAAUUUAGAAGCGCAAGCUAAAAAAAAUGGAACCCAAGAUUCAGCUGUAGAUAAUCAUGAAGAAAUAGUUAUUGAUGAGAUAUCAGAAAAAAAUGAAUCAUCUUGUGUUUAUAAAAAUGUGAAAGAUGAAAAAAAAUCCUUAAAUAGCGUAAAAAUAAAAACGAGUGAACUAAUACAAAAAUUAAAGAAUCUAAUGACAUUGCACUUGAUGAAGAAUUUAAUGCAAAAAUUUUAG